CCACGCUGCCGUUGGCCGAAAUGUCGACCGCUGUCCGCCUCCUUUUUACGGCCACGGCCAAUCGGCUCUCCUCGUCUACGACCAUGGACGCCCGUGAUUGGCCCCGCGAACGUAGACCGCGGUGGACCGCCUCCUCCUUACGACGCGCCUGUGAUUGGACCAAAAGACGCAAUCCGCGAAAAGAACCACGCACUCAAUCGACAAGCUGAAAAGCAUAAUGAACUUGUGGAGGUCUUGCUGGAGGCCCGACUGCAAAGUAUUCCUGUCAUACAAAUGACUGCUGCUGACUUCGACUCAUUGAAGGCCAACGAGAGUCUGUCUCAGCUGUACACGCACACUUUAGCCUUAAAAGUGCAUGUGGACUGGCUUAAGGUAGCCACAGAAAACGUCAGCUUGCCCUCCGAAGCUGCGAGAGACGCCAGCGUUCGCCUGCUGAGGCUGGCAAACCUUGUCAGUAUGUCUCUGACCCAGAUGAACACUGUUGUGCCUUCUCCUCCUCCACCGCCAGUACUUCCUGUGGUCUACUCGGCUUUUGACGAUCUCCGAUACUCUGUGGAGAUAUCUCGCUGCUUGGAUGUGUUCUGUCACUGGGCCAAACGGCUCAUGCGCUAUAUACGCAGGAUGGCAUCUUGUCCUGGAAGAUGAUGAACCGUUUUCUAGAAUUUUAGAGUCUGAGGUUUCCCCUAUGUAUGAAUUGGUGGGAAAAGAUGUGUUUCACAGUAUUGCUUAGCUUGCGGUUGUUGUUGCCAAAAUGUUAGCAACAUUUUUUUUUUUCAAAAUGUAUUUUCAACAAUGUUAUGUAUCUUGCUCAUUGACAUGAUGCAUGUGACAAAUAAAGACAGGCUUUCAUGAAACAGCAGAAGGUACGGUACAUAAUUAUUCUCCAUGUUCAUUGUUUUUCAAAUGACAUUUUUAUUUUGUCGCGUGUCAUGAGACAUAAUUUAAUGUAAAAAAUGUGUGAUGGUGGAAGCAAUGGCGUAGGUUUGCAUAGGGAUGGUAAGGACAAAACACUACCAACUUUUCAGGAAUCUCACAUUUUUCUCAAACCUUAUUUGCAUUGUAUAAUGACUUCAGUUAUAUAGGUCAUUUAGAUUGUCUUCCCAUAUGUUUUAAUUGUUGUAAUUGAUUAAGUGAAUUAUUUUCAUUAUGUUCAGACUUACUUACAGGAUACCUCUUUUCACUUGCUGGAUGUGCCGUUCCAUUUUUUUUUUUUUUUUAACUCCUAAACGCACAUUUGAUUGGCUGAUGACUUGACCCCUCCCCCAAACACACACACAUUAGAUAUUAGAGAUAUUAGGGAAAUGAGAUGGGGUUUUUUUCAUCCAGCAGCAACCACUGUAAGAAAUGUAAAAAGACGUCAAUGUUUGGAAGUGGAGAACACACCACUAAUUUUGCUACUGAAAGUCCGACCUGCAGCAGAGUUAGCAUAACAUUAAACUGUGUGAACUUGUUAACCUGUAAAACUCGAGUAGGAAGCUGCUUAGAGAGAAGUGUUCUCCUGGAUGUUUUUUACUGUUAACAUUAAAUUAACUGUGAGAAAUGUAGUGAACUGAGGUUUACCGCCCUUCUCCCUAAUUUUACUUUUUAUUUUAUUUUUGUGGUCUUUAUGAAGCCCACAGGAGCUUUCAAUUUUUUUUUUUUUUUUGUUGAGUUUGACUGUGCUUGUUGACAAAAGCUUUAGUAUUUUACUUUGAUUUCUUUAUUUAGACAAUGUUGGUCUUAAGAAUGUCUUAAGACAUUUUUUUUAAUUCCUGAAUUGUAAAGAGAUUAUUAAUAAGCUUGUAUUUAUUGUGUAUGUUAAUAUAAUUUAAGUAGGGCUGUCAAAAUUAUCGCGUUAACGGGCGGUAACUAAUUUAUCAAAUUAAUCACGUUAAAAUAUUUGAUGCAAUUAAUGCACAAAUGCCCCGCUCAAACAGAUUAAAAUGACAGCACAGUGAAAUGUGUACUUGUUGUGUUUUUCUGAGUUUUGUCGCCCUCUGCUGGUGCUUUCGUGCAACUGAUUUUAUAGGCUUCAGCACCCAUGAGCAUUGUGUAAGUAAUUAUUGACCUCAACAAUGGCGGGCUAAUAGUUUAUUUUUUGAUUGAAAAUUUUACAAAUUUUAUUAAAACAAAAACAUUAAGAGGAGUUUUAAUAUAAAAUUUAUAUAACUUGUACUAACAUUUAUCUUUUAAGAACUACAAGUCUUUCUAUCCAUGGAUCAC